UCCCCUUCUUCAUUUAGCACUUAUGGAUUUGAAUUACAUAAACCAAUCCUUUAGAAAGAAGAGGUCAAAUCGAACAAAAGGGUUAUUAAUGCAAGCCAAUGGGAAAGCCUAUAGGCACCCAACUUAUCGUGGUGUCAGGAUGCGAAGCUGGGGAAAAUGGGUGUCUGAAAUACGCGAGCCAGGGAAGAAAUCAAGAAUUUGGCUUGGAACAUUCCCUACAGCAGAAAUGGCAGCUCGAGCCCAUGAUGUAGCAUCGAUAGCAAUAAAAGGUCAGUCGGCUUACCUGAAUUUUCCUGAGUCAGCUCAUCAACUUCCUCGUCCAGCUUCUUCUUCCCGUAGGGACAUUCAAGAAGCUGCUAAUAAGGCAGCCUAUUCCAUGAUUGAUCAACAAGAAAGCACUGAAGUCAAGACGGAGCCAUGUCAGGAUGAGAUGCCAGUUCCUCAAUCCCCAAGUUCCCCCACACUGUCAUCCGAAACUCAGGGGUCCCCAUCUUCUCAGUCCAUGGAUACUGAAAAUAUGUGGGUAGACCUUCCUGAUCUCUCCCUGGAAGCAAAUGCAAGUCAUCGAUUCGGUGACACUUCCUGGUGGCAACAAGCUGCAGGAAUUGACCCUGAAUUCCAAUUUGAGGAAACAAUGCGCUGGGAUAAAUAGGCGAUAGAGAGAAUCGAUUCGGGCUUGAAGUUGUUAUCUCUAGCCCGUGGUUUGUUUCAAGAAUGGGGGCUAUGGAUAUCUUCCUUGACAAAAUUUAC